CCGCCACUGCGGGCUUUAUUCUGGGCCCCGAGUCCCGCGGUCGUAGCCCACAGUCCCAAACCCCGUCUGCCGCGGCCGCACCUGGUCCGAGUCCUCGUUUUCGCUGCUAUAGCAGCACCCCAUGGCGGGGUCGGGCCGGGCGCUCAGACGCCGAGGAGGGACGGCGUCCGUCAGGAGCCUUUCCGGUCACAUGACCCGCGGCCGCCUCCCGCUCCCCUCCCCGUCUCCCAGCCUGUCCUAAAGCCGCUCCGGCGCUACGGCCAAAUCUUGCCUUCCGGUCCCGCCUCGCCGCGUGACAAUCGCCAACCAAUGGAAAAGUGUCACUCAUUAAAUUAACAAAUCAUGGGGCUAGAGACAACGUAGUGAUUAAGAGCACUGGCUGCUGCUCCUCCAGAAGGCCCAAGUUCAAUUCCCAGCAUCUACAUGGUAGCUCCAGACCCAGGUGAAACAAUGCCCUCUUCUGGCCUCUGACAGCAGGCAAGUACACACGAUUACACAGUGCACAGACAUACAUGCAGACCAAACACCUAUACCCAUAAAAUAAACUUAAUUUAAAAGACAUCCCUCAAAUAUUUACUGUCUAUAGUGUACCACUCUAGUGUUCAAUUUGGAUAGGUAGCUGGUCAGAAAACAGCUCAAGGUCCGGACCAUGGAAUGCCUAGUCUGAUGAUCAGUGUAUUCUAUAGUUGUGUUUUAGUUAAUUUCUUCUACUACGCGUGAGUAGCUGAGAGACAGGGACAGAGUCUGACUCUUCUGUGACUGAUACCUUAACACUUACAGAAAACUUGGGUUUUGAAUUCAGCAAAUAAGUUUCAUUUAUUUUGGUUUACACCAUGCCCCGUGUCCUGAUCCCAAGGGCUUAGAAAACUCACCUAGUAGUAUUUAUUAGUUCUUCAGAUGAAGACCCUAGAGUACUGCUUUGAGUCUCUAAGGACUGAGGAAUAGGAGGCAGCUGAAGCUUGUCCUGGGUUUGGUAACCUGAACUGCAGGUCUCAGGUAACAACAGCCUCACCAUCAAUAAUUGAAAUCAGGUCCGGCCUCCAUCUUUGGGGUUAUUCCUCGGAAGGACUUCCCAUCCUGGUACCCUGGUCUUUCUUAGGAGCCUUCAGCUCAGUCUCCCUCUAUCCUAGGGCCCAGGUAGGGACAAUGUCCCCUGCCAUUGCACUGGCAUUCCUGCCACUCGUGGUAACACUGCUGGUGAGAUACCGGCACCAUUUCCGACUGCUGAUGCGCACAGUCCUGCUGAGAAGCUUUCGAGACUGCCUGUCAGGACUUCGAAUUGAGGAGCGGGCCUUCAGCUAUGUGCUCACCCAUGCCCUGCCUGGAGACCCUGGUCACAUCCUCGCCACUCUAGACCACUGGAGCAGCUGCUGCGAGUACCUGAGCCACAUGGGCCCUGUUAAAGGUGAGAUUCUGAUGCGGCUGGUGGAAGAGAAGGCCCCUGCUUGUGUGCUGGAGCUGGGCACCUACUGUGGAUACUCUACACUGCUUAUUGCGAGAGCCUUGCCCCCUGGAAGUCGCCUUAUCACUGUGGAGCGGGACUCACGUACAGCAGCAGUGGCUGAAAAAGUCAUCCGGCUGGCUGGCUUCGAUGAGCAAAUGGUGGAGCUCAUUGCAGGCAGCUCAGAGGAAGUGAUCCCAUGCCUAAGAGCUCAGCACCAGCUGAGUCGGGCAGAUCUGGUGCUCCUGGCACAUCGACCUCGAUAUUACUUAAGGGAUCUGCAGCUACUGGAGGCCCAUGCUCUGCUCCCACACGGUGCCACUGUAUUGGCUGACCAUGUGCUUUUUCCUGGUGCACCCCGCUUCCUACAAUACACCAAGAGCUGUGGUCGAUAUCGCUGCCGCCUCCACCACACCAGCCUCCCAGACUUCCCUGCCAUUAAAGAUGGCAUAGCCCAACUCACCUAUACUGGACCCGGCUGAGGUCCAGGACCGGGGAUAUUUACUAAUACUAAUACAACCCCAAUCCCAUUCAAGCAGACCUCAGAAUACCUCCUUUCCCUUUCUGUUUAGUAUCCAACACAUGCUAGGCUCAGGCUGAGGAGGCUUUCUUUUCAACUUUGUCCCCCUCCAACCACUGUACUAAUCUGAAGUGUCAAAUUCUAUCAGCCUUCUUGGUCCCAAAAGGUCCCCUCAUGGAAAUCAGGAGCUGGAAGCAAGAAGCCUGAGCUGUCAACUUAGUUAUUGAUUGUUCCCUCCAAGUGAGUCCUUCCCUCCUCUGAGAUUCAGUUUACUCUUAACACUGAGACAGCUGGCUCAAGGGACUGGAGAGAUAGCUCAACAGUUAAGAGCACUGCCAGCUGCUCCCUACCUAAAAGACCUGGGUUCAAUUCCCAGCACUCACAAGGCACAGGCACACAUGUGGUAUACAUACAUACAGACAAAAAACACUUUUAAGCAUAAAAUAAAUAAAUUAAAACAACAAAAAAAGACAUCUGGUUGGCAGAACCCCAGAGCCUCAAAGCUAUGGGACACAGAUGAGACCAGAGGCAGUUGCAGACAAUGAAGCCAUAGGUACAAGCUAGGCCAUAAGAAUUAUCAACACAGAUACCUGGGCUCUGAUCCUGGCCAAUGUGGUCCAUUAGGUUUGUUUGAGAGCCCUUACAUAACCCCUUCCUGAUGUCCAAGAAAAGAUACUGAACUUUGGGUCCCACCAACAAACAGGGAAUAGACACUGGGGAAACAAUCAGUCCUGUGUCUUUAUUAAAGAGGUUAGAAAGGGACCACACCUGGCAACCAAGGAGUGAGGUACCAGCCAGGAAGGUGGGAUGGGCUCAGGCUCUUGGGAUUCAAGGGAAGACUGAUGGCCUGGAAGGGCCCAAGGAGACCUUGUCCUGGCAGCAGCUGAAAAAGUGCCUAAGGGAAAGCUUUAGGCACUACAGCCACAAGCUGGUUCUGCAGGCUGAGGGGCUGAGGCUGUGGAUUCAAAAUAGGUUGGGGUGGUCUGGAAUCAUUCUGAGGCCACCUUGGCUUGUCUACCUAGAUCAUCCACUGGUCCUGAUCCUGUUCGUUGCCUUCCAUGUCCACCUGAAGAGGAGGCUGGGUGUGGGUGGGGAGGGGCCUCAGCCAGCCUCAGCCCAGAUCCUGCCCCUGGAUACAGCCAGGGUUUCUGUAUGCCUUGGCCAUCAAUUAGAUCAGGGGCAGGAGCCUAGGAACAAAGGCACUCCCCUACACCCCGCCUACCUCAUUGACCUCUCCAUCAUCAGGUGACUCAUUAUAGUCAUUCAUCUCAUCCAUGUCCUGCAUGUCCUCAUCAUCUUCUGAAUCCUCUUCACUGUCCUCAUCAUCUUCAUCAUCCUCUUCUUCCUCGUCAUCGUAGUGCUGGUAGAGCAAAAAAAGACUUUGUAGGCCUCAGAGCUGGACCAGGUCAAGAGCUGGCCUACUUGGAGCCUCCUCCUUCCCAACCCUGCCUGCCUUGAGUCUGGCAAGCUGCUGCAAGACCUGAAGGACCUUAGUACUAGGCACAAUGCCUAGCCCCUUAAGUUCUCACUUUUUCUGUCUUCCCACAUUGAAAAACACAAUUGUUCUGAGCCAAAAGCAAGGCCAUUAAAGUAAAGCCUUGUUCUACUGGGCUUCACAUAGGCCCCACCCACCGGAAACACUUACCUCUGAGGCUGGCUUGCCAAUAGGUACCAGGUUGUUGUCUUUCUCUGCGAUGCUUUGGAGCUGUGGGCAAAGGAGUGUGGGGGAAAGUAGGGCCAAGGCACAAGCAGAGCAGAUCAGGAGCACUGGACUGGCUUGCUCUACCCCUUACGAGACCCCCCAAAUGCCGAAUGAAAGCGUCUUCCCCCUAGUUCUCAGGAAGAUGCAAUCUCUCUCCUAUCAUCUGUUCCUUAUAAAAUUGAUGGACAUAUGUAAA